CGGAGCUGUUAUGUAUAUGUAUUGUAUCGCGAACCUGCGUUAGAAAAGCGAGCGCGUCCUUUUUAUUUCGCUUUCGGUCGCUUUCGUUUCAAGUCUCUUAAGUUGUUCUGGUGGUUCCUGUGUCUGUGCCACAACUAUAUACAGUUUAACUAAAUCCGGCAACGUUGUUAUUGUAUUUUAUUUGCUUCUCAACACGUCUCACUGAUUGUUGAGUGAUUUUCAAAAGUUUAAGUGCCAAAGAAAAUUUUUAAAAACUUGCCUUUGUGGUCUUGAUUGUUUACCAAGUCGAUAAUUUUUAGUGACUAUUCAAGAGACAAGUGUUUACUCACGAGUCCACGUGAGGCUUAUUGUUGCAGUUUUCGAGAUAGAAUAGUGGCAAAUAAUAAUGGGCACUAGAGCUGUAGGAUUAGGAAGUGCUGGAGGAGCUGGAGUGGUCGGAGAAGCUGGUCUAGCGGGUGUACCACGACUUCUUGAAGAUUUGACGAGACUUUCUGAGGACAAUGAGUCUGCGGACAUUGUUUUUCUACUUGGGAGAGACGAAACUCCUGUUUAUGGUCAUCGGAUUAUUCUUCAAGUCAGGUGCAAAAAUUUCACAACACCAAAACGAAUGGGGAACUCGGGGAACCCAACGCCUAUCAGAAUGCCUCAUGCUCAUCCCGAGACAUUUCGACAGUUCAUUCACUACGUCUACACGGGAAAAAUAAUGCUCCAAGACAGCGGAAUUUUUGAAAUGCUCGCUUUGGCUCAAGAGCUCGGAGUCGAGGAGCUCUGGAGGAGUUGCGAAGAACAUGUAUCAGCAACUUUGAGUCCCGGAAAUGCAUGUGCACUUCUUACGGCGGCUCUAGAUGCUCAAGACCGAGUUCUUGGUGGAAAAGGAGCUUGCUCAUCGUUCAUCGAACGCUGUUUUGCAUUUAUAAGCGACAAUGCUAUUGAUACAGUAAAAACUCCAGCUUUUAGCAACUUACCCAAGGAUGCUCUGGUGAAAUUGAUCUCCUCUGACUACUUGGGACUUGAAGAAGAAGACGUAUGGCGUGCUGUCCUCAACUGGGCUAAAUAUCAAGCAGGUGUUACACAACCGACUCAACAUUGGACCGAAGAGGAGCGUGCUCGUGUUUGUCAACAUCUAGCUGGUGUUAUUAAUCACGUUCGAUUAUUAUUGAUCGACAGCCAUGUAUUUGCUGAAGAAGUCGAGCCAACUGGUGCUGUGCCCAUUGAACUAUCACUCGAAAGGUAUCGUUAUGCCGCAGUACCCAACAAGUACUCAGAAAUUUGUGCUGACAAGCGCCUGCAGCCCCGAAUCGGGCCUCUGCUGUUCCCAGGAUCUCAAAUCCUGUCUCGAGACAAAAUGGGAUAUCAACGACUGCUGAAUCAGUGGUAUGGAAACCCCAAGCAAAAUUGGCGACUAAUUUAUCGCGCAUCCAGUAACGGGUACUCAGCAUCAGCAUUCCACCGUCAUUGUGACGGCGUCGCGCCAACUUACACCAUCGCCUUGAGCUCGCGAGGCGAAAUAUGCGGUGGGUUUAGCGAUGUUGCCUGGGACAAAACAAGUGCCAAGGGUCACUACAUAUCUGCUGAGAAAGCAUUUCUUUUUACGCUUACCAAUAAUCAGGAUGUCCCGCCAACUAAAUACGACCUUAUUAAAAAGCCAUUCGCUAUUUGCUAUCAUCCUGAUAUUGGUCCAAUCUUUGGAGCAGGAGCAGACUUGUUGAUAUCAAACAAUUGUAACGUUAAUUUAGAAAGUUACAGUAAUCUACCUCACACCUAUGACGGUGAAAAUGCCUCAAGUACAAUUUUAAUGGGCGAUUAUCACUUUACUGUCCUUGAUUAUGAAGUGUUUACUUUAAACGGCCCGAUUUCAAAGUCUGAAAGACACUAAAACCUUAAAAACAAAUUACAUUCCUCAAGAUAACACUUGAACCUGACAGUACGUGACUAAGUACACUAACCCAGUGUCACAAUCCACUUAUCCAGUUUUAUCCAGUCCAGAAUUCUUCCAUUUAACGUAAGUCACAUUUUUCCUUAACUAUUUUUACCAUUAUCAUUUUAUUUUCUUAUCGUUCUCUCCUUAAUCAUAUUUACUUGAUUGUUUAUAUGAUACCUUUCCAUUAAUUAAAGACAGUUUAGGGAUUAGAGUCUAACAAGUGUCAUGAUUAAUAAUUGAGAGAUUUAGUGGCUAUGAAAGGAUAUGGAGCCUGGUGAGAGCUUCGUUUUUAGCUUAGUAUUUAUUUAAAUGCUCUGAAUAAAUUUGUCGUUAAUAAUAUUAAUAAAAAAAAUAAAAAUGAUGCAAGAAAA